CGUGCUCCCGAAGAGAGCCGGGGAACAGAGAGGGGAAGAUGGGAGGAGAAGAUGCCCAGUGACGGGACUGAGACCGGGACUGGGUCCAGCAGCACCGGGACUGGGUCCAGCAGCACCGGGACCACAGGGACCAGUAAGGCAUCCAGUAGCACCGGGACCAGCAGCACCGGGACUACCGGGCCUAGCACCGGGCCCAGUAAGGGGUCCAGCAGCACCGGGACCACCGGGCCUAGCACCGGGCCCAGUAAGGGGUCCAGCAGCAGCACCAGGACCGGGUGCAUGCAGAGGCUGCUGCCGGUGGCGGUGACGGUGUCCGGUGCGCUCGCGCUGCUGCUGCUGCUCCUCGCGCUGUGCACGGACCACUGGUAUGAGACCGACACGCACCGCCACAAAGAGAACUGCGACCGGACCGGAACCGAGUCCUCUGACCAGCAGAACCGCGACAUGCCGAUCUACCACCUGCCGCUGCUGGAGUACGGGGGGGGGACGCGCGCGCGCAGCAAGCCCGUGCACGUGGGCAGCCGCGAGGACGAGCUGCUGGAGAACUGGCGAGCGAUCCUCGGGAUGGGCAUCCUCGAGACCGCGUGCGGGAGGCCGCUGUUUCCCGCGCACUCCGGACUGUGGAGGAAAUGCUUCUGCGCGGGAAGAGACCCGGACAUCGACCGGCUGAUCGAUAGGGGGGUAGCCAACACCCCUGAUUUAGAUGUACGCAAACCUUGCCCGCAACUAAGUGCCCGGGACUAA